CAGUCGGGCUGUUUUUCUGACAUUUUGGACAGUUUUUCUCGUGCGAUUCAUUGAAUCAUUCCAGGAGCCCCAGGAUGAAUUCUCCCACUGUUGAUCCUCGUCGCCCCGACAAGGUGAAUAGAUACAAGCCGCCGGCCAGCAAUGGGCAACAGGGAAAUGAGGAUUUAAUGCCUGAUUACAUGAAUAUUCUUGGGAUGGUUUUCUCCAUGUGCGGCCUUAUGAUGAAGUCCAAGUGGUGCUCCUGGCUCGCCCUCUACUCCUCCUGCAUCAGCUUCGCCAACUCCCGUGUCUGUGACGAUGCCAAGCAGAUCCUCUCAUCCUUCAUGCUGAGUGUGAGCGCCGUCGUGAUGUCUUAUCUGCAGAAUCCCACGCCUUUAACGCCGCCCUGGGCGUCCACCUGAGAUCCGGAGUCAUCCAUGCACUUCCGAAAAAUAGUGGAAAAUUGAAAUAUACAAGUUUAUUUGUUCUCCAAAAGUA